UCCACCACAAUAGAGGCUGUCAGGAAACCACAGGCAGCCACAUUGCUCUCUUGAGUCACUGAGUACUUUCGGACACGCUCUUACACUCAUCAGUCGCACACACACAUGCACACACUCCACAGCCUGGCAGCCUGCACAGCCAGCACAGUCCAGGAUGACAGUGUGCUGAAACACUGAAGGCAAUCUCAUCUGUUUGGUAAAAUCUAAAGUGCAACCAUGCCCAUUCUGAAGAAGCUCCCAGGAAGGUCCAAGAGCUGCCACGAGUUCCCAAGAGUGAAUGGGGAACUGAUCCUGCCCCGGCUGGACUUGGACCUCAGGGACCUGAAUGAUCUCAAUGAUCUAAAGGAGUUGAAUGACCUGAAAGACCUGAAGAACUUAAACCCCUUUGAGGAUGUGGACCUGUAUGAGGAUGAGAGGAAUGAAGGUGACAUGGGCCUCAUCAUGGGGGAGGUCAGGGGAAACUUCCAGCUCAGGUCCUCCCGUGAUGGAGAAGAGGAAGAAAACGAGGUGAAUGCAGAGAGGCAUGGAGCAGGGAACCCUAAAGGGAAGCCCCUCAGGGGGACUCUGGAGCGGAUCUGUGGAGUGUCGCCCCUCAAAACCCUCGGAAAACUGGGGAAGGGGCUCCGCAUAUCGGGACGCAAUGUAUGGGGGAACAACUCUCCCCACUACAGCCCUGGAAACUCAAACAGCCUCCCACCAGAGAGGGAAAAAAGGAAAGGACUCCGCAGGGGCUCUGAAGGAAUAAUGACCCUGCUCCGCUUUACAGGUCGACGUAAGGAGGAGCGCAGAGAGAGCCUGCCCUGCGGAAACCUGAGCCUCACAGACAGCGAGGCGGAGGCUUCCAGGCGGCCCUCCUUCCUCAGGAUGGUCAGUCUGGGCAAGCUGAAGAGGGAGUCCAUAUCAGACAAGGCCUCCCAAGAGGCUGAGGAGGAAACAGAGGAGGAGGAGCCGGUGGUCAAAACCAGAGAGCCCCUCUCAGUCCUGGAGAUCCUACAGUUGGUCAACCACAGGGACCUUCUCCUGGCCGACACACAUAUUCAAGAGCUGGAGAGAGAGUGUGAGCUGCUGUCUCUCCUUCCACCCACAACUACUUCCACUCCUACUGUUUGUCCCAGCACCCCUCCCGGCAUGCUCCCCUUAUCGCCCUCAUCCUUAGACGACUCUCUGAGCUCCAGUGCAACACUGGACUCAAGUCGGCGGAAGGAAAAGGACGUGGAGCUCCUGUAUGAGGCCCUGCAGAAGGAGAUGUGGGACGUAGUGCGGGAGUCCCUCCGCCAGCCCAGUGCUGGUCCUAACCUUGGGCUGGUGGUGCUGGUGAUCCAACAGGAAGAGCAUGCUGAUGCUGCUUGGGUCCUGAGAGAGGCGACUAAACCAGAGGGAGAGGGCCCCCAGAUCCAGGCCAGCCACCGUCCCCGGCGACUGAAGAUGAAGUGGAGGCAGGCAGUGAUGGAGGCCGCAGACUGGAGCCUGCCACAUCAGGUGGACACCCAGGCAGGCCAGCUGGCCUCAUACCUGGAGCGCCUGAGGAGUCGGAUGGUGGAUGACCUGGAUGCGGCGAGGAGGAAUGCUGUAUCCAUUUACCCAGAGGAGUUUGCUGCCUUUCAGGUGUAUGUGGAAAGUUACCAUCGAGCUGUGGCCAAACGUCUGCGGACCAUCACCAGUGGCCCGCUGCAGAUCACAGACGUCUACUCUUUACUGGACUGGUUCUACAACAUCUACAACAGGGAUGUCCUUGGAACCAUUAGCACAACCACACCCAUCAACUAUACUCCACUGGAGCCCAUUCUCCCCCAAGACACAGUGGACAGGCUGGAACAAGACUGCAUCAGUAUCGUUAGGGAGAAGGUGACAACCGAGCUGAUUCAGGUUCUGGAUGAAGAGGAGAGGCGAUGGGCCCAGACUCUGCACAUAGAGGAAUUUCAGUCUCACCUAGCACGCUCAGUCAUCCAGAGGCUGAAGGUGGACUUAGACAGAUCUACAUCUGUGAACCAAUUUCUGGGAGCGAGAGUGGCACGCUGUAGUCUCAUUGGACUGGCUGAUUUUCUCUACAGUUUCCAGAGGAAGGCAGAGAUGUUUCAUGAGACUCAGGCAGAAUUUGGAGACCGAGGGGAUGGAUAUGUUUCUAGGACCAUAGCUCUAGUCAACUGCUGCCCUCCUCUCAGGUCUUUAGUGGAGCGCUGCAGGCAGUGUGACCCACAGGGCAGCGAGGAGUCUGCGCAGAGAGCCAACUCCUCCCUGGACAGGAUCAUCAACCAGUCAGUGAGGGUGCUGACUGACAGACUGUUUGAGCACAUCAGGCCUUUCUUUGACAAACUGAUGAAGAGAAAAUGGCUGAACAACACAGAGGCCUUUGAAGCCAUUGAAGCCAGCAUCAAACAACACUUCAGGAAGUUCAGAAGGAUGGACUCUCCACCUUAUCAGACCCUGGUGGGCGAGGUGCACCGACGGGUCCUGGUGGAGUAUGUCCGAGCCAUCAUGCGGGGACGACUCAUAUGCACAUCCUCCAAGAUGAGGAAGAGGAUGGCUUUCCGCCUGCAAGAUGAGGCCAAACAACUGAAAGGACUCUUUAAGGAUCUGGAAUCCAGUUCAUCCUGGUUAGACAGCAUCAUCUGCCACCUUGCUGACAUCAUUCUCCUGGAGGACACUCCCUCCAUCCAGAUGGAAGUUGCUGUUCUGGUCAAAGAGUUUCCAGAUAUACGGAAGAAGCACGUCUCCACCCUGCUCAAUGUGAGAGGCAUGAUGCGACAGGCCGAGCGCCAGGAGAUCCUCAACAUUGUCAAAGACUUUGAAUGCAGCAAUGCCCUUAUGUGCAGGGACCACGCCCUCUUUUCUGACAUCCCCAUCACCUCAGAGGUGCACUGCAUCAGCCUGGGUCUUCUCCGCCUUGCCAUGACCGUCUCUAACUGGUUCUCAGAGCACCGUCCCAGGCAACUCCGCAGGACGUGUGCCAGAAAUGCAACAGUUCAACCUGCUGAGGGCAAGAAUGUGGAAGACAUGAAUAAACUUCACAGAGAAGAUUAGCUACUGGUGUUUGUGUUAGCGGAGCGCUCACAGACAGACUGUGAAGAGAGUGAUGAGAUGUACAUGCACCUUGACCAGAAACUGAUUGUACCAAAUAUUGUUAGCAGCCACUGUAAGAAACUUGACCUCAGGUACUGCUCAUACUGUACAUGCUCACUGACAUUUCUCUCCACCUGCAUAUGUGCAUUUUCAAUGGAAAUGUGAAAAAGAUUGUACAUCAUAACAGCUCACCAUGACUCCUAGUAUUUUUAUGUUGAUCUACACAUCUACAGAAGUAAACAAGUGGUAUCAAAUAUCCUCAAAAUGUAACUUCUUCAGUCUUUUUUAGUCUUUUACUCCCCCACAAUAUUGCAGAAACAACUGCAAGCAGAUGCAAUGCAAUAUGAUCCAGGAUGUUUUGCUGUUUAAAAUGUAUUUACCCAAACAUAUAUACCUAUCUUCUGGUGUAUCAUCCACAUGUAUGUGAGGAUAUAAUGUAUGGAAAUGGAAAUGUGUUAACUCUCACUGUGAAUAAAAUGGAUUUGUUGCUGGAGACAUAAUAAAAACCCAUUGAGUGGGCUGACAAAACACAA